GGCGUGACCGAGGACGGGAGAGCGAGGCCAAAGAGUCCAGAACACGACCUGAAGACCGCGAAGGUCGUGAGUCGCGACAGCCUCACAGAUCCGAUUCGCUCACCGAUGUGCGUGAGGAGGUUCAACAAGUUCAACACAAGCCAAUCCAUUUUCCUGGUGGAGACCCACUGGCCAAACUUGCAGUGCCUCCUCCAGAAACAGCACGACCGAGCCAGCCAAAGAAGAAGAAGAAGGCACCAGAAGGCGUUCUUGGCUUGGCAGUGGAGCUGGCUGGUUAUUGGGCUCAAACGGGUUAUGGCGAUGUCCAAUUAGUAGGACAGCAUUGCAUGAUUUUGAUAGUGUAUCAUGCGAGACAAAGUUGGGGCCUCUCAUGCCUGCCAGGCGUCUGCAGAACCACUUCAGAGGCCAGGACCAGUCACUGUCUUUGCCGCGCAGCCCGGGCCGGUAACCCUUCUUCAGCCCAGUCCUUCGUCACCUCAGCCCAAUGCACCCGUAUCUGCUUCCGUGCCUCUUUCAACCGCUCCAAUGCCGGCAGUGAUGCCAGAGGGAUUGGAUUGGAUUUGUGAGGUUUGCAUGAGAAAGUUCUCUUCGGAAGAAGCUUUGCGCAAGCACGAGCAGCUGUCCGAACUGCACAAGCAGAACCUCAUGAAGCUUGGCACGUGAGCCGACGCGAUGGUGAAGACAAGAGCAAGCAGCAAGGGAUGUGGUGAAGACAAGAGCAAGCAGCAAGGGAUG